GAGGAGGUAUGGGAGGGGGGGCAGAUUUACGAAUUGAUAGGUGGUCGCGUUUUGUUUGGCUGAGCGGGGUACGCAAAAGUCAAGGCGCUCUGUGUUUCCUCCUCUUAAAGGAUUAAGGCGAGUGAUGGCCACCAGGUGGGGGGCAGAACAGCAGUCCCUGCGACAGAGAAGCGCCAUCUCGGACGAAGCCGCGUCAACCACACAGAGAAUCGCGGCGUAUCUUCGUAAUACGGAAUUACAUUUGGAGACUAACCUCUCUCCCCCUCUCUCCUUCCGCGCGCGCGCUCUCUCUUUCUGAACAGACCUCUACACACUUCACUUCGUUUACAACGCACUGGAGAGACCAUCUGAACCGGAGAGUUUGUUUUUUUCCACGCAGUGCAUCGCGGUGAAACACAUUUAGCGGUCAAGUGGAGUUCAACAAGGAGUCUGUUCCUUCUAUCUAGAACGGUCAAAAUUUUACAAUAGAUAAUUAUAAAUUGAUACAAUUGUUUUGCUUUGUUCUUCGGGGUUUUGCGUUAGUAAACAGAAUAUGACGACUGAAACUGCGCAGCAGCAACUGGAUCCGCCGCCAGCUUUAAGAUCGAGUCCGGCAUCUGGAGUUAUGCAUACGGCUUUGAUGAACACGCAGUCCGUCGUAGAGAGUGCGGCAGGAGCCUCGUCCAAAGGAAAAAAGGCGAACUCUGGGCUGAGACGUCCAGAAAAACCACCCUAUUCAUAUAUCGCCCUCAUUGUCAUGGCGAUCCAAAGCUCCCCGACCAAACGGUUAACGCUGAGCGAAAUUUAUCAGUUCCUCCAGGCCAGGUUCCCGUUCUUCAGAGGAUCUUACCAGGGGUGGAAGAACUCCGUCAGACACAAUUUGUCACUAAAUGAAUGUUUCAUCAAAUUACCAAAGGGUCUAGGGAGACCGGGUAAAGGGCACUAUUGGACAAUUGACCCCGCCAGUGAGUUUAUGUUUGAGGAAGGAUCGUUUCGCCGCCGACCCCGGGGAUUCCGGAGAAAGUGUCAAGCUUUAAAACCCAUGUACCGGAUGAUGAAUGGAAUUGGGUUUGGUACCUCCAUAUUACCUCAAAGCUUUGACUUCCAAGCACCCACGGCGUCACUCGGAUGCCACACUAACAGUUAUAACUUAGACAUGAUGACGAAUUCCAUGGCAGGGGGCUACGAUGGGCUUAGCGGUGGACACCACGUUCCCCAUAUGUCCCCUAGCCCUGGAUCAACAUACAUGGCCAGUUGCCCAGUGACAUCCAACGGGGACUACGGGCCAGAUAGCAGCAGCAGCCCGGUGCCUUCCUCCCCAGCAAUGGCAAGUGCCCUGGAGUGCCACUCUCCAUAUACAAGUGCGUCGGCGCAUUGGGCAUCGGCAAGCGGCUCUCCGUACAUCAAACAGCAGUCUCUAGCUUCCAGCAGCCCAGCAUCCUCCGGCUUACAUUCCAGCAUGUCGUCUUACUCGCUGGAGCAGAGCUACCUCCACCAGAACACCAGGGACGCGGCUGACAUUUCAGUGGGGAUACCGCGAUAUCAGGCCCACUCAAGCCCUGUUUGUGACAGGAAAGAUUUCGUUUUGAACUUUAAUGGAAUCUCAUCAUUUCACCCUUCGGCCAGCGGAUCCUAUUAUCACCAUCACCACCAUCACCAUCAUCACCAGAGCGUCUGUCAGGACAUCAAGCCGUGCGUGAUGUGAGUGACGCACGCCGAGCAGUGUGAGGGCUAACGCGAGCAAUUACCAUACAAUACAAGUGGUCGUGUGUUUUUUCAGCAGGCCUCGACGUAUUCAAAAAGAGCAGCGCGAACCCCCCAAUUAUUUGCAGCACAGUGUAGUGUAAUAAGCAGUACGCUUACGCAUACAAUAAUAUAAAAAACAUAUUAAAAUAUGCAAAAUGUUUCUGCCAACAAACCACUUCGCCUUGUUCCUAUUUUGUUUAAAAGAUGCAAAUGCAAGCUUCUUUUAAAGAAGCUUUUUGUUUAAAAAAAUAUGAUUGUUUCCUGUCAUAAAUUGAAGUGAUACGACUAUAUUAAACAUAAUCUAUAUUCAAAUGUAUAGAAGUAAAUAUCCACGUACACAAUUCUUUUAAAAAUAAUAAUUCAUUUUCGUUUUGCACUUAUUGUAUUCCUUUUAGGAUUUGCUUAAGUAAC